AAAUUUCACCAGAUGCCCACUACCGGAUUUUUGCUCUCGCAAGCAGAGAGGGAACGAAAUCGAAUCCAUCGAUCGCAUCAAUUCUCAAAGUCCCAAUUGAACAACGACCAUGAACAACCACCACCACGCGCAACCGCCUCCGCCUCCGCCUCCGCCGUCGGCCUCCUCCGGCCUCAACUCCCAAACCACCGCACAAAUCCUCACCCACGCGGCCUCAGUCUUCCUCUCCCACCCCAUCACAUUCUUCACCCUCUCCCUCCUCCUCCUCACCUUCCGCUCCAACGUCGAGACCGGCACCCACCUCCUCACCACCUUCAUCGACAACGACCCCUCCCUCCGCCCCCUCCUCUCCCGCCUCGACACCGCCUCCGCCGCGACGAUGACAAACCCUCACUCCUCCGCCCCGACCCCGCGACGCCGCCGGCGCCCGUUCCUCCACCUCACCCGGGUGGGGACGCUCGACGACGACUUCUUCUCGGGCGACGAGGACGCGGAGAGCCGGCGCGGGGGGCACUCCUCCCUGUUCGGGCCCCGCGCCAAGCCGGCCCUCAAUGGCACCUUCGUUAUCCUCGGUAAUUUCGAGUCCAGGUUAGGGUUUUCAUCCAAUUACUAUGUUCCUCGUGGUGGAAUUAGCGUUUCUGAUAGUGGAAUUGGGGGUGCUGGUAACGGACUUAGGGCUUCUGGUAGUGGAAUUCGGGGUUCUGGUGAUGAGAUAAUCGGGAGUUCUGAUGAUGAAAUAAGGGUUUCUGAUAACAUAAUUGGGGUUUCUGAUAGUGGAAUUGGGGAUUCUGAUGACGAAAUUAAGAUUGCUGCCAGUGGAAUUGGGAGUUCUGAUGACGAAAUAAGGGUUUCUGAUAACGGAAUUAGGGCUCGUGAGAUUGUCAAGUCGGGCUUCUCUUUGAAACUCGUAAACAGUUCGGUGCAAUCGGUUGAUGAUGACGGUGAGAAUGGUGGGUUGGGUAAAGUGGAGAACUCUAGGGUUUUGGAUUUGCAUUUCUUGACCAAGGGUUUGGAGCUACGGCCUUUGGUUUUGCUUAUAUGUUUGUUGUCUACUGCAUAUGGAUAUGUACUUUUAGGGUUUCUCAUUACCUACUCUUGGGUUCUUGGAAUCGUUUUUGUUGUGGUUGUGAAUCAUUUCUUGGGGAGACGCCGUUCGUGGUUCGGGACAGUAUGGGGUGGCUCGAUUUUGGGUCUCAAGAGGGCUUCUGGGUUUGUUCUAAUGAGAUGGGCAGUAAGGGACGCGCUUUCGCAGCUUCUUGGUCUAUGGUUCUUUGGUGAAGUCGACGACCAGUAUUCCUUUUUCAAGAUCUUUCUGAGGUUGAAGUUGAUGCCUUUCUCGCUUACGAAUCAAUGGGUUAGGGGAUUUGAGAAGGAGACUGCAGGGUUUUUGUUUGCAUGGAUUUUAUCAGACAUGGUUGUGGAAUUUUUUUUUGCUGUGGAUUCUUGGGUUGCUAUUGUGGACUCGAGGAGGAGUGGGAGAGAGAUUAUGAAGGAAGGGUUUUAUUUGUUAUCAACAAUGUUUAAGCAAGCUGGUGUUAUGAAAUGUUUGGAGUUUAUGCUUUGUGGGUCAUUUACCAGAUGGACAUUGGCUCGGUAUUUUGGGAUGUUGUUUGCAACGGCGUGCCAAUCAAUAGUCGAGGUUUACUUCAUGGUGGCUUGGCUGAUAUUUUACUUUGCUGUGAGAUCUAAGGAUGCGACUUCUCUUGGAAGGACGUUUGGGCAGAGAGAAUUAGAGGGUUUUGUCCAGGGCCAAAGAUGAUCUCAGUGGAAAAAUUGAUUGUGGGUAUUCCCAAAGUCCAGUCAUGGCACGGAAAUGGCCGUAAUCCGUAGGUGCUUUGUUUGUUUUUUUAGCAGUCAAUAUGGGAUUCAACAGUGCCAUUGUUUCAUGAUGUUUCCAGCACUGUGCUUUGUAUACUAAAUCGUGAGCCAAUAGAUGACUUGUGUACACUUCUGCAACAAUGCCUCGUGUAUAUGGUGUUGCAGUCUUGGUUCCCAUACAGCUUGUGCCCUGAAGUAAAUGUUUUGCUCAGUCACUGUAAUGCAAAAGAAUGGUCAUAUUUGGCUUCAUUUUUGGAUGUUGCUUAUGAUGUUAACAGCGUGGAAUUACCAAAUUCCUUGGUUCCAUGUCAGAUUGAUGGUACCUUUUCUGUUAAACCUAUAAGCAAAAUGCUUUCUGAUC